CGUGUCAUCUCCAUGUAUCCAAUCGCCAAAUGCUCUUCUACCAGACACCCCCUUCUCUCUCUCCCUCAAAGACAAAACUCAGAGUGGAAGAAGCUCAGGGCCAACAGAAAAAGAAUCUGGAGGGAACAUAAGCAAUUUCGGGUUUCUAAUGUUGGGUUGGUGGUGGAGAUGUGAGUUUGUGUAUGCUUGGUUUGAUUCUCAUCUGUAAGGGAAUUGACGUUUUCCUAGUUCAAGAUUUUAUUUUCACCAUUAAAAAUUGGGGGAAUUGAUGGAAGAGAUGUCUCCAGCAGUUGCCGUGACAGUCCGAUUAAGUAACACAAUUGUUGAUAGCCCCACAAACCAUGUGGAAAUAACUAGACUCAAAAUUGUGACUGAUGGAAGUAGUUGCAAUGGUGUGAAAGUUGAUGUUAAUGGUAGAGAUUCCUUAGUAGUAGGAGGAGGAUCGUCGGCUGAUAAUCACUCGCCCUCUGUCUUGAAACUUGGAAAAAUCUUAUCUGUUCAAGAGACAAAUGAAAUUAAUGGUGAGGAGUUGACAUCAGAUAUGAGAUUGCCUAUUGCUGUUGAGUUUGAAGGCAUUGAUAAUGGCGAAAUUGUUGCUAAGGUAAUCAGCUUGGAGGAACAGGACAUUUCUUCGAGUCCCACUACGAUAAAAGCGUCUGUUGUGGCUCUUCCCUUGUCCGGCGAGAAGGAUCAUGGCAAAGGGUGUGGCGUGAAGAGUGUGUAUGAGCUGGAUUGUGUACCAAUUUGGGGGUGUGUGUCUAUAUGUGGAAAGAGCCAAGAAAUGGAAGAUGCUACAACGGCAGCUCCAAACUUUAUGAGGAUUCCUAUUAAGAUGUUUAUUGGGGAUCAUGUGAUGGAUGGAUUCAGCCAAACUUUGAGUCACCUUACUUCUCAUUUUUUUGGAGUUUAUGAUGGUCAUGGAGGAUCACAGGUAGCCAGCUACUGCCAAGAACGAAUCCAUUUGGCUUUAGCAGAAGAGUUGAAAUUUUGCAAAGAUGAUCCCAUAAGUUGUGAUAUCAACGUGAGGGAUGUUAGGCAAUUGCUGUGGGAGAGAGUCUUCAAAAGCUGCUUUCUGAAGGUUGAUGAUGAAGUUGGAGGAAAAGUGAGGCCGGGAGAUGAAACGAGUAGGCUAGAAACGAGUGCUCCUAAAUGCACAUCUAGCAUUAUUGCCCCUGAAACUGUCGGGUCCACGGCAGUGGUUGCAGUGAUUUCUUCUUCACAUAUUGUAGUUGCAAAUUGUGGGGAUUCAAGAGCUGUUCUCUAUCGUGGUAAAGAAGCUAUGGCUUUGUCAAUUGAUCAUAAACCAAAUCGCAAAGAUGAGUAUACAAGAAUUGAAGCUUCGGGGGGCAAGGUUAUACAGUGGAAUGGCCAUCGUGUUUUUGGUGUCCUCGCAAUGUCAAGGGCUAUUGGUGACAGAUACUUGAAACCAUGGAUUAUACCAGAACCAGAAGUAAUGUUCAUUCCCCGUGCCAGAGAAGAUGAAUGCCUUGUUUUGGCCAGUGAUGGUUUGUGGGAUGUGAUGACAAACGAGGAAGCUUGUGAAGCCGCCAGAAAGAAGAUUCUAAUAUGGCACAAAAAGAACGGGUCAACUCCUUUCCAGAGGGGCACAGGAUCUGACCCUGCUGCACAAGCUGCAGCGGAUUACCUCUCCAUGCUUGCCCUCCAGAGGGGAAGCAGAGAUAACAUAUCUGUCAUUGUUGUGGACUUGAAAGCGCAAAGGAAGUUCAAGACCAAAUCUUAGAUGACAUAUUAUUCAUCAUCACCUCUAGUAUAAUUCACGUAAGGCAUGAAGUACAUUGUCAUUAUUAUUACAUAAUUUUGGUCCAUUUCUUUUUUCAUAUGGGCUUAAAGUGUGUGUAUGGCAAUAGUGUUGAGUACAUUUAUCUGUAGAAACACUUAACAAAUAACUUUUUUUCUUUCGGAUGCUGGUAUAUGUUUAUGUAUAAAUAUAAUGCGUACUUUAUAUGUAGAAAUAUGGAGUUGUAAAUACUUUUAUCACAUAAUAGAAACUUUGCCAAUCAAAACUUGGGAGUGUCUUUAAA